CUUCAGAUCAAACCUGAGUGAGGAAAGAGCAUUUUUAUCGUUUUUUUCUUUCUUCUUCGGUGGACUCCUCAAAUGGAGGUCACUCGCCGAUAGUGGGAUUACUCGCUCCGUUCAUCUUUCCGGCGAGAAGGGAUGAAAAUCCGACGAUAUAUAGUGAUAUAAAACGAGGAAAGAGGCAAAAGCUAGUUUCUGUUUCAAUAAACGAGCUUGGAAGUUCGAAAUGAGCCUCAACAUCAAUGCUAUCUUCCGUUAGCCGCAUCACCUUGUUUCACCCUCUGGCUGUUUUUCGAGGUAUUUGAUUCAACUAAUUGAGUUGGGAAUUUCAAUUUUCUUCAGGUUCUUGUAUUCUUAUCUUCGAAGGAUGUAAAUCGAAGUCCGUUAAGCUGGGGCAUUUCGUUUUCUAUUGACCUUUCGAUGUGCUUCUUCGUAUCUAUUUCUUGAUUUCACGUGUUUUUCCUGUUGGACUAAAGACAAUUGAAGUUUUUAGAAGCAUGUAUAUAGAUUCAAUACUAAAAUUUAGUGCUCGGGAAUUGGAGGAAACUGAGCAAUACUUCGACUUUAUCCGCAUUAGUAUGAAGGGUGGGGGAUAUGGACAUUAAAGUUGACUCUCACCUUAUAGCCAACACUCAGAUUACAUUAUUAACUACCAUGGCUAUGGGUAAUGAAGUUUUUUAGAAUCUGAGAGUAGGUGAACAUGGAUUGAGAGAUGUUUACUCCUCUUUCCAUUGAGAGUGUUCUUCACUUUUUUCUUAGUAUAGCUCUUUUUAAAAAAAGCUCCCAUGAAAGAUGCGGCUUCUUCCGGCUGUGGACACAUUGUCUACAAAGAUUGUAGUAACAAUUUUUUUAAAAAAAAUUAAACAUGGAUAUGUGAGUCAGUUUCUACUUAGUAAACUAUGAUCAUGCAUCUGGAUAGCGAUACUCAUAUUUUGUUUCCAUCAACAGAUCUACAGUCUUGUAGUACAUUCAGAACUUGAUUCAUUAAAUCUAAUGAACUUUUAAUAUACGCUAGCCUUCUAGGUAAUAUCUAAAUUCAAGUUCCCUGAUGUAAAACAGUGGAACAGUAAGAUGUAUAUCACAAUGUAACUUUUUUCUGCUUCCUCAAAAAUUUGAUACCCACAGAACCUGUUCCUUGUGAAUUCUCAGGGAUCUUUCGUAAAGCAAUAUUUAUGUUGAAUGUUAUAUUUUGCCCAUGGAUAUAGACCUUGAGCUUCCAUCCAGUGAUCAUGAAAGGUUAGAUGUAAUUCAGAGUCGAAAUGAUGGCGUGAAUGUGUUUCAAGCAAAUGGCCAGGGAAAGUAUGCAAAUUCUUUUGCAAGGGCUGAGCACCAUGAGGAAAUGUCCAUACCAAAUGCCAAAAAAAGUAGUGGUGAGGAUCGGAUGGACAUCAUUAACUUUGAAACAGACUUUAGAAUAGGUCCGUUUGAACCAAAAAAUGGUUUGGAGUUUGAGUCGAAGGAAGAAGCGUAUUCUUUUUAUAGAGAAUAUGCUAGAUCUGUGGGAUUUGGCAUCACUAUAAAAGCAAGUAGGCGCUCAAAGAAAUCUGGAAAGUUUAUUGACAUUAAAAUUGCAUGCUCUAGAUUUGGAAGCAAGCGAGAGUCUACUACGACUGUCAACCCUAGACCAUGUAUGAAGACAGGUUGCAAUGCUAGCAUGCAUAUUAAGAAGAGGGAAGAUGGAAAAUGGUUUGUACAUGGUUUUACAAGAGAGCAUAACCAUGAGAUUUGUCCUGAUGACUUCCAUCAUGCUAUGAAGGGAAGGAAUAAAAAACCAGAUAUUGCCAUUUCUGAGAAAAAGGGUCUGCAAUUGGCUUUAGAUGAGGGAGAUGUCCUAUUGAUGCUUGAACAUUUUAUGCAUAUGCAGGAAACAAAUCCCAAUUUCUUCUAUGCCAUACAUUUCAACCAAGAAAAACAACUGAGAACUGUUUUGUGGGUGGAUGCAAAAGCGAGGCACGAUUACCAGAAUUUCAGUGAUGUCAUUUUCUUUGAUACUUACUACUUAACUAAUGGAUACAAAGUUCCUUUUGUUCCUAUUGUUGGAGUUAACCAUCAUUUUCAGUAUAUCUUGUUUGGAGGUGCACUGAUUGGUGAUAUGGCUACUUCAAGUUUUAUUUGGUUAAUGAAGACAUGGCUCAAAGCAGUGGGUGGGCGAGCACCCAGAGUUGUCUUAACUGAUCAAGAAUUAUCUUUGAAAGAAUCAGUGUCCGAUGUAUUUCCCAAUACACUCCACCUUUUCUCUUUAUGGCAUAUAUUGAGAAGAGUUCCUGAAAAACUAGGAAGGACUAUAAAUCAGAAUGGCGGUUUUAUAGAAACCCUUAAUAAGUGCAUUUAUAGAUCUUGGACAGAUAAAGAAUUUGAAAAGAGAUGGUGGGAAAUGAUAGACAAAUUCCAAAUAAGGGACGACGAAUGGCUUCAGUUACUGUUUGAUGAUCGUAAGAAGUGGGUGCCAACGUAUGUGAAGAAUUACUUUUUAGCUGGAAUGUCUACACUUGAACGAUCUGGGAGUGUGAUCUCUUUUUUUGAUAAGUAUAUAUGUAAAGAAACUUCAUUCAAGGAGUUCAUUAAACAUUCUGAGAUAUUUUUCAAAGACAUGCUUGAGCUGGAAGCUAAUGCUGAUUUUGAAACUCGGCACCAAAAACCUAUCUUAAAGUCGCUCUUUACUUUUGAGAAACAAAUGGCCACGAUGUACACAACGACUAUGUUUAAGAAAUUCCAGUUACAGAUAUUGGGAGCAGCUUCAUGUCAAGUGCACAAACAGACAGAAAAUGGAGCUACUGUAACGUACCAUAUUCAUGAUCUGGAAGAGCACCAGGAUUUCCUGGUAGCUUGGAAUAAAACAGAAAUGGAUAUAUGUUGUUUAUGCCGUUCUUUUGAGUACCAAGGCAUCCUUUGCAGACAUGCUAUCCUUGUUUUUCAGAUUUUGGGACUAACUAGCAUCCCACACAAAUAUAUUUUGAAACGUUGGACAAGAAGUGCAAAGGUCAGGAUUAGUGAAUCAUCAAACCGACUUCAUUACCGAGUACAGCGUUUCAACAACCUCUGUAAACAAGCCAUUAAAUUGGGUGAACUAGGCUCUUUAUCUCAAGAAACCUAUGAUAUUGCUAGUGAAGCUUUCGAUGAAGUACUGAAACAAUGUGCUUUUGCAAAAAAUUCUACCAAGAGCUUUGUAGAAACAAAUACCUUGGGUUCUGUUGGUUUUGUUGACGAUGAAGAAAAUCAAGGUGAAUAUAUGGCCAAGUCAUCGGGGAAAAGACAAAUGAGUAAAAAAGGCAAGGUGAUCAAGCAGGCACGGUACAAAUCGUCAGAGGUGGAGGUGGAUUCGGGAGCCGCUGCACUUCAUUGUUUCCAUGGCUCCCUGCCGGGAUCAGGUCAGUCGAACACAAAUUCUCCUUUCUGUGAUGGACCUGAAGAUUAUUAUAGUCAUCAGGCUAUGCACAAUUUGGAUUAUUCUCCUUCAGUCGUAGCUCAUGUUGGACCAUGUAGUGACGGACAAACUAUGCAGUCCCAAGGACAGCUUCAUUGAAGAACGAGGGCAUUUUAAUCAGGUCGAGGAUAAUCUGCAAGAUGUGGAACAGCCUGAUGAUGCCUCGAUCCAAACUCACAUUCACAAUAACCAGGCAUAUUCGAGAUAGGUGCCUGUCUGGACAGCUGAAACAAGAACAAACAGGGGCAACCUUAACACAUUAAACGAGUUUGCAGUUGUAAAGUUUCGGGUAUGAUCUAAACGUCAGUUCAUGUUUUGUUCUCAUAUUCUUCCAUUUUGUUUGGUCUUAUGUUCUUAGUUCUAGAAAAUAUGUCCCAGGAACUAACAGAACUAAUAUUUAACGGCUUGUGCAGGCAAAGCAUUUUUUCUCUCUUUUAGUUUCUAUUAUAGGAUUAAUAAUUUACUAUGGGAAUAGUUUGUUCGUGAGUAAUAACUGUAUAUUCCAUCUAAACAAGACUUUUGAUUGAAUGAAAUAGGUUUUAUUUUUUUAAAA